UGAGAGACCGUUUACUUUGGUUUCUUGGGUUGUCACUUUUGUGAAAAAAAAUCCUGUUUGAUUUGAGUGACAAGUGUUCAUUGAAUCGAUUGUAAAAUGGAUUUUGCAUGUCUAAACGGCCGUAGUAUUGAUCUUUAUCAGUGGCGCACAAGAUGCGAUGACGAUGUAUGUGGCAUUGCAUUAUAAGGUUAUGUUAGCCUAUCCAGUUGAAGCCACUACAAAAACAUCAAUGUGGAGAAGAUCUUGUUUACAUCAAAACUGAAACAAAGCCGUGCACACAGAAUGCAUAUUUCGCGCAUUUUCUAGAGGGACACCGUUGGACUCACGUCUCGCACAAGAGAGUUUCAUGUUUAGAAAGACAUCUAAAAAUGUAUUUAAUUUAAUUUUCUACAAAUAUCUCAAGACUUUAUGUAGGGUUUUUGUUCCCCAUCACACUGCAUCUCAUGUUUUUAAAUGAAAAAAAAAAAAAAUUCUGUGUGACUGGUUUUCCGCCCUUUUUAUUUAACAAUGCAUGCAUACAUGUAUGAAAGGCUCCUAGAGAAAUUAGGUCUUUUAUUGAAGGGACUCUUAUUUUGAUAAUUGUAGACUGUAUUUCGACGUACAUCCAGUAGGAGGCAUUAUUGUACUGGUUUGCUGCCUGAUGACUGCUUGUAUUAUUACUGAGAGAACGGCAGCUGUGCUCAAGUUUUCCUCAGCUGCGCACCGAAGUUUUUCCUGCCUGUUAUUUUGGAUGUUUGUCGGCGUUUGGUGUUUCAAAGUGUUAGUUCAUGACCAUAAAACUCAUUUUGAAUACACUUUGGAAAGAAGCUACAGUCUCCUCAUUCAUUGUGUCCUGACCGACACACCAGGAGUGUAUACUGCUGAUAAUUCAAACCCAAGCCUAGCAGUCUCUUUCCUCUCCAACAACUGGUCCUUCGAGCCGGAUGCAGUGUUCAUUCCGGGUACCAUGGAAUCUGAUGAGGAGAUCGUUGGAACAUCCAGAUCAAAACGCCAAACACGUCCACCAGUACGUCUCCAUGACUUCGAAGUGCAGUAUGUAGGUGGCAGAGCUGUAACGGAACCUGCUAUUUCACCCCACUGGGAGGUACCAGCCCCUUUGACACCUCUCCAGUCAUCAUGGCACAAUCCUAAUUACCUCUGUGAUGAUGCUGCGCUUCCCACAGGCCCUCGGUUGAGAUCACCAAGCUUCAGUUCUGCAGAGCAUAGUGAAAACCUACCUCAGUCAUUCAUGUCAGCCCAGCAGCCCAGAUACCCUAUGCCUGAGUACUAUAAUGAGCUACAAGCCAUUCGCAGAGAGAAUGCACAGCUGCUGCAGACACACCAAGCCUUUCGUGAUGACAUGAUGGAGUUGAAAGCAGUUAGUACUGAGUUCAAAGAACUAGUUAAAGUUGCUCAAGCCUUGAGAGCAGAGCUCAGUCCAAGUAAAAGCCAUGAUAGUCCUCCAGUGCGAUCAGAUCCCAAAUUGCCAUCCCGUCCUUCCUGCCACGUUGACCAGACAGAGCAGGCCACACCAGCUGAGGAUAAAGAAUGGCCUGAGCUUCCACCCUGGCCUGAGCCCGAAUUAGAACUGAGAAGGGGCAUGGAGACUUUAAAGUUAUCAAAACCCAGUACAGCUACAUACCAACGAGAGGUACCGAGGUACUCGAAGGCCUCCAAGUCUCAAUCUUCCCAAUCAUAUCUGCCUUCUCAGUAUUAUUCUCAAAGUACAGAUGUGCUACCUCCGCCACCAACCCCUGAAGACCUCAGAGAGUUGUUAUCCUCAACUGCACAGUCCUUAUAUCGGAAACCUUCACAGGUUCAAAUCCCAGUUUCUUCUCCUCGAUAUGGAGCCAUGCCAGCUCAGCCAAGUCAUCCAACACCUGCAGUUAAAGUAGAGUCCAAUAUACCACAUUUUUCCCACACCUCAGGGUCAGAGUAUGUCUAUAGAGGGCCUACCCCUACCAUCCCCAAGUUCAGCCGGCCAGAUCCAAGCGAGUUCGCCAGACUUCGAAUUGCCUUAGAGAAUUUGCUUCCUCCAGAUGGGACUGAACUCUUUAAGUAUCAAAUACUGGUGGACCAUUUAAAGUUGGAUGAAGCUAAGCUGAUUGCGGAUGCCUUUCUGAACUCGCCUACCCCAUUUACUGACACCAUGGUGGCCCUCCAUGAGAAGUUUGGUCAGCCCCACCAACUAGCAUUGAGGAAAAUUGCCAGUGUUUUAGAAGCUCCUGAUGUAAGGCGUGGGGAUACUGUUGCAUUUCAAAAGUUUGCUCUGCAGGUACAGUCGUUGGUGGGUUUGUUGAAAACUUUAGGACCUGAAGGUGACAUUGAAUUGAAUUGUGGGUCACAUGUGGCACGCCUUGUGAGUAAACUUCCUACUGAGCAACGAGCUGAGUUCCGCCGUCACAUGUUCCGGCAACCUGGAACUGUACCUACUCUGCACGACCUUUCAAACUGGCUCCGCUAUGAAGCUUGGUGUCAUGACUUUGAUGUUGAAAUUGUCUCACGAGGAGUCCAAGACCGUCAGACUUUCCGACCUGUACAGAGUAAAAGGACUGUAGCCGUUCUUCAUGGAGUUGGAGAGGCUCAUAAUUUAACUUCCCUAUCACCUCAGAAGGGUACUACUCAAAGGACCAAGUCAAGUGAAAUGAAACGGUUUUGCCCAUUCUGUGAUAGCACAGAGCAUUAUUUGAGUCAAUGCAAAGCAUUCGCUAAACUUACCACUGAUCAGGCCAAAGACUGGAUUCGAGAAAAUAAUCGUUGUUGGCGCUGUGCCAGGACUCACCACGCUGCUCAGUGUGACCUGAAGAAGCCCUGCAACCUAUGUCAAGGCAAACAUCUUCGACCUCUGCACAAUGUAAACGUUAGAUCUUCCAAAGAGGAUACAGUUAGUAGUGAGAAAACCUGCCUUACCAAUUCCUCUCCAGACAGAUUUUACCUGGACAAACCAGUGGUUGGGAACCGUGUAAUGCUGAAGGUAGUACCUAUCCAUGUUCAUUAUGAAGACCGCACUUUAGAUACAUUUGCACUUCUGGAUGAUGGCUCUGAGAGGACCAUCUUGCUCCUUACUGCUGCCAAAGCCCUCGGUAUACAGGGUACACCUGAAGAUCUCUCCUUGCACACUGUUCGACAAGACAUUGAAGUUCUUUGUGGGUCAUCUAUCUCCUUUCAAGUAUCCUCAACCCACAAGCCUCAAAUUCUUUACAAAAUCGAACAUGCCUUCACUGCUGAUCGCCUCAAUUUGUCACGACAGUCUUAUCCUGUGGAUCAGCUGCAGAAGAAGUAUCACCACUUACAUGGUCUUCCCAUCCUGCAAAUUAAAGAUGUUCAGCCUCUACUUCUGAUUGGGUCAGAUCAGCCCCAUCUCAUUACCCCAAUUGAACCUGUCAGAUUAGGUUCUCCAGGUGGACCUGCUGCUGUCCUCACACUCCUGGGAUGGACCCUCCAGGGCCCUGCAUCAUUCAUGGGGCGGCCUGCAUCCUCCCAACAAUGCCUGCUGACAUCAGUCCUUCCACCUCAAGAUGAGCUCUUUAAGAAUGUCCAAAGGCUCUGGCAGAUGGAAACUGUUCCACACAGAGAUGAGAAAGAGGUGACUCGGUCUAAACAAGAUCAGGAAGCUUUAAAGUUACUCGAAACCAAGACCAUCCGCACCGAAGUCAAUGGCAUUCUUCGACUUGCAACACCCUUGUUACGGCAGAAAGAUAUGCCUAUGUUGCAUGCCCCUAAGGAAUCAGUCAUGCCUAACCUGCGCAGUAUUGAGAAACGUUUGUUGAAGGAUACGGUGAAAGCAGAGAUCUACAGAGCUGAGAUGGAGAAGCUCAAGCAGACAGGAGCUGUCCAGGAAGUAAAUAAAGAAACAACAGACUCAGAGGAAUGUUGGUAUAUACCUCACCACAUUGUCAGUCAUAACGGGAAAUCUCGUGUGGUUUUCAACUGUUCCCACCAAUAUCAUGGGCAGAGUCUCAAUCAGUAUCUGCUGCCUGGCCCUACACUUGGCGCAUCAUUGCUAGGUGUGCUCAUCAGAUUUAGGGAGCAUUCAGUCGCAGUAAGUGGUGACAUCAAGGCGAUGUUCCAUCAGGUCCGCCUCCUUCCCGAAGAUCGUCCCCUACUGCGUUUCCUGUGGCGUGAUCUGAAAGUGGGAGAACCACCUAAAGUUUUCGAAUGGCAGGUGUUACCAUUUGGCACUGCAUGCAGUCCGUGCUGUGCCACUUAUGCUCUGCAGCGCCAUGUGACCGAGCACAGUGUGGCUGAUGAAUCCAUCAGGUUCUCAGUAGAGAAAUGUUUUUAUGUGGACAAUUGCCUUCAGAGUCUGAGCACCCCUGAAGCGGCGAGGUGUCUGGUUGAUGGAUUGAGAGAGAUGCUUUCUACAGCUGGAUUUGAGAUACGACAGUGGGCCAGCAAUGUUCCCGGAGUUCUGAGUCAUUUACCCACAGAAGCUCAAGCUGAGAGCUUGGAACUUUGGUUAGCUCAAGACAAGACCGACAUAUCAGAAUCAACCUUAGGUCUACACUGGAACUGGCAGACUGAUAAACUGUCAUUCAAGAGCCGACCUGUCGUGUAUAAGACUCCCACCCUCAGGAACAUCUACAAGGUCCUAGCCACUCAAUAUGACCCUCUCGGACUUCUUUUGCCGUACACUACUCGAGCCAAGGUCAUCAUUAGGCAGCUAUGGAAUAAGCAGCGGGGUUGGGAUGAUCCAAACUUACCUCCUGAACUCUUGCAGUCAUGGCACGUCUGGGAGAAUGAACUCCAGUACCUACCAAACAUAACCCUCCCUAGGACUUAUGUCCCUCUUGAGGUGGAGAAGGAUGGUGCCAUACAUGAAGUUCACAUCUUUUCAGAUGCCUCAGAACAGGCAUAUGGAGCUGUGGCAUACAUGAGGACCACUGACAAAAGAGGCCAAGUGUACCUGUCUUUCAUGGUAGCUCGAUCCCGAGUAGCACCCAAACGUUCUCAUUCCAUUCCUCGAUUGGAACUUUGUGGAGCUCUUGUGGCUGCUCAGUUAGCCAGAUUGCUUCAGAGGGAACUGACCUUGCAAAUUGAGACCACGGUGUUGUGGACAGACUCCUCCACUGUCCUUACCUGGCUGAACUCGGAAUCAUGCCAUUACAAAGUUUUUGUUGGCAAUAGAGUUGCCGAAAUCCAGGAGCUAACAGGGAAUUGUUCUUGGCGCUAUGUGGAUUCUGCUAGCAAUCCUGCCGAUGACCUCACCAGAGGCAGACCACUGAAUGUUCUUUCAGGGAUAAAUAGAUGGUCUCAAGGACCUCCCUUUUUACUCCAAGAUCCAGCCACCUGGCCAGUAAUGCCAGGAACAGACCUGACAGAUGACCCCACAGAGCUACGGAAGUCUGCCUUUUGCGGUACCGCUGCAGUACCACCCCGAUCCAGUGUACCGGAUGCUUGGAACUAUCACACCUGGCAAGAACUCCUGGAUGCCACUGCUAAGGAAAUUCAGGUAAACUCUACCUCUGAUUCCUUUCCCGAUGCAAAUGAUUAUAAUCAAGCGGAGAUCCUUAUUCUCAAGCGAGUACAGCAGGAGUCUUUUCCCAAUGACUAUCAACAUUUGGAGAAAGGAAGCCAGUGUCUGCUGACAGUAAUCUUCUUACCUUAG